AUGACGAUAGAAUUUAAUAUAGGAGGUGUCAGUAUUGUCUGUCUUGGUCUUGGCCACCGCGGUCUCAGCGCUUAUAAGCUGCCAGCAACAGGUUCAGGAGAGCUUGCCAAGGACCUGCAGGACUUCCAAGACCUGAUACCUAUGGAGAAGGCAAACAAGCUGGUGAGAGCAUACCUGGCUCAAGACAAAGAAUUCCGGACUGCCGUAGAGGUUCUCAACUCCAAGGAGCUGAACCAUUUCAUAAUGGAUCUCGAGGCUGCACCCGAAUAUGCCGAAUUGUAUGCAUUCAUGCAGAAAGCUGGUCUCGAUGCCUAUUCUUUGUUGAAAGAAUCAAACGAGUUGCUGGAGAAUCGCCGAUUCCUCGCUACGGACUUCGCGGAUACUCGGAUCACCGGAGGACUCCUAGGUUUCAUCAUAGACUUCAACUCUCUCGUAUCCGUCGAAAAGACGCAAGCACUUCUUGAAGAAAAGUUAGCAGCCGGUGGCGCGGUCGCUGACAACGUGCACUAUCAGAUCCUGGUUAGGGAUGCCGAGCUGAAAAACGUCAACCCCGUAUUGUUCCAACAGCUCUUUUCCUUCCUGACCGACGUCAAUCUAGGCAUUUUUUAG